CGUUAAUCAUGUAAUUUUACUGUUUUCGUGGUUCCAGACCUUUCACGAGCUGGCACUGCUGUUGCUUAGGACUCUGUUAGUUGAGUUCGUGAUAUUUAAUAAAAAAAAACCCUGGCACAGACAUCGAAACCCUGACACAGCUCUUUUGGUGCAAUGUUUUGUCAAUACAGAUGUUUUGCGAGGACAUCGACACAGCCUUCACCGUGAAUACCACACUUCGACCGCGGGAAGACGCAUAAAAAGAGCAAAAAUAUGGCGACAUCUACAACGUCAUCUUCUAGCGACGACGCUUGCUGGCAACGCCUUGUUGAGGUAUGGUACCCAGGGGAGGAUCGGCCUAACUAUUAAGGAAAAAUGACUGACAAUUAUAUAUAAAGAAAAAUGACUGACAUGGAUGAUUCGUCCCUCUGCAUUAACUCAGCUCAUAUCUAGUAAAGGAAUCAUUUGUAGUAAGGUGGGGGAAAUCAAUGUGCAUGGUUACGAGAUAGCAGCAGGAUGUUGGACUAGGCACUUUGGACUACCUAAACUUUGCUCGUCUAAGCCAAUGGCGCUUUUUACUACAUCGGGGAGCCAGUAUCACAAUUGCAGUUCUCUCUCGAAGCAGCGUACUUUGCGUGGGAGCGAUUUCCCGACUACGAUGAGAUGGUCAUGGCUAGACGACGUUGGACACGCAAUCGGAUUCAGAAGGUGAGAUGAGGGCGACUCAACUCUGGAAGAGAUGGAGGGCUUCGGUGUCAUGCAGCAUGAGCAAAUUGGGGCGGAUUUCUACGACUCUCUAGGCCUGCCAAGGCGGGUCUCGUAUCUCGUCGCGAACCACGUGAAUGCAAAACGAUUUUUGGUUUCGCAGGAUGCCGCAUACCACGACAUGCUAACGGAAGCGAGCAAAACGACGUUGCGCCACCAAGGAGGGCCAAUGUCCGCAGAAGAAGCAGAGGCGUGGGCGGCGAAUCACUGGCACAAGGACUCAAUCGCUUUGAGAAAGUGCGACGAAGCUGCGAAAGAGCCAGACCUUCCAGUACCCACCCUCGAUGAUUACAGACCCUUAUUUAUUAGAUAAACUACGCCGUACUGCUUCGGCCACGCACGACAGAGGGUCAUGACAACGUGCUCUGAGGUCCGGCUCACCGACGUAUUCAUCCUUUGGAAGCGAACAUUGGUGUGUUUCCGAGCACCCGGGAUGCGAAUCUUAGUUGAGUGUGUUCCAUGUCGAUUAUUGGGU